CAGGAUGCCUCAUACAGGUCAGGCAGGCGUCAACCAGCUGGGGGGCGUGUUUGUGAACGGUCGGCCCCUGCCCGACGUGGUUCGCAAAAGGAUCGUGGAGUUAGCCAUCUUGGGGGUGCGGCCGUGUGACAUAAGCAGACAACUGCUCGUCUCCCACGGCUGCGUGUCCAAGAUACUGACCAGGUUCUACGAGACCGGCUCCAUUCGGCCUGGCUCCAUUGGCGGGAGCAAGACUAAGCAAGUAGCAACGCCCACAGUAGUAAAGAAGAUACUGCGUCUGAAGCAAGAAAACCCAGGCAUGUUCGCGUGGGAGAUUCGUGAGAGGCUGCUCAGUGCGAGAGUGUGCGAACCACACUCGAUCCCGUCUGUGUCGUCUGUGAACAGGAUCCUGAGAAACAGUGGACUGGCGUGGAACGAAGAUGAAAUGCGAAGUGGACACGAACCGUUCCCUUCAUCGGAGAUACCGCCGAAUAUGGUAGACUACAUGGCAAUGAAGACAGCGCUACCCACACCAAUGCCACAGCAGACCCCGCCGUACUUCGCCCACACAGCAGUCAGAGUCCCUCAAGCUGAACCACACACUUACGACCGAAGACUCGCCACGUCUUGGCUCCUUGCCAACCAAGUCCAAGCCCAAGGCCUCCUCAAACCCUACCCAAUUUCCCCUUGGCAAAGAGUCAUGAUGCCGUAUCCAGAUUCAAAGAACUUCUCCCCCUACGCCCUAAGUCUACACAGCGACCUUCUAAACAGAAUUAAUCCCGAAGAAGUAAAAUCAGAAAGCUCUGAAUACAUAUCGGUCGAAGCCAGCGACGACAGCACCGACAGACCAGACACCGACGAACCAAAACGAUUAAACGAAAAAGAGAAGAAGAAAAACCCUUAUUCAAUAGAAGAACUAUUGAAAAAGCCGGAUAAAAUAGUGCAUUCUAAUCCAGUCGGAAUCCAGAAUUUUCUCCGUCAGCCCAGCGGUAGUAUGAUUGAAUACAGCCACGAGAAAGCUUCUAGUGAACGAAGUUCGCCGGCGAGCUACUGUUCAGUGCAAAGUGUUGUGUCCAAUGAUUCAGUCAGUUCAGAAAUUAAAGCUGGAAAUUAAAAACUAUUAUAUUUACAGUCCGGGUUUGUAGUUUCAAGAAUGAACCCUUAAGUUACACAACCUGACUGUACUCUAGUCAAAAUUCUAUGAAAUAAGUACUAAUAAUUUAAAAGUUAGCCAUUAAAAUGAUAUCAGCAGAAAAAAUAGGUAAAUAGAUAAGUAAUAAUAUGUGGUAUUAUAAUCAUUGCUCGAGAUACUAUAGUUUUCUUUAAUAAUUACCUAAUUAUUGAAAAUUAAAAGUUAUAUCUGCAAAUGUCUCUCCAAUUCCUAAAUCAUCAAAAAAAUGUCGCCAUAUUUCAUAACAGAUAAGUAACAUAAUUGGAUAGGUACUUAUUUAACUUAUAAGUUAAUUUAAAAGUAAGCAAAUAUUUAAAUAAAUUAUUGUUUAGGUAGUUUAUCAAAUUAUGUAGAUUAUGUAAAUAUUUACAAUAUUAUCUAUUAGGUAUAUCUACCUAGUUAAUUAAGAGCGGUCAAGGGUGCAGUUGGUGUCACUUAAAAAGGCCUCUGACCUUGUAUCUGCGCAGAGGGUGAUUUAUUAAUUUAAUAAAUAAUUGGAAGUAAGAAAUGAGGAGCAACGAGAAUCGCUUCUCGUUCAUCCAUCCAUCAUCCAUCAUCCAGUCAUCGUGGAAGUCGAUCCAGUCGU